AAGAAAUUAUUUCAUGACGUUUAACAUAACCUAUUAAAAAAAACAUUAAAUAUUAUGAUGAAUUUACUGUGAUUUGAAAAUACAAACAGAUUUAAGAAAAUGGUUGAUCUAAAGAAAGAUUUGGAUGAGUAUUUACUCCUUCAGAGUGACAAAAAGAAAACAUUCAAGUUGGAUAUGCCAACAUUACAAAAACCUAAUCUGACGGGCUGGUUCAAGAAGGAACAACAACAAGAAGAAAGUACCUGGUUUCAAGAAACCAAGAGAGAGAUUUGUCCCAGUCUUUCACGGUUUCAAAGAUUUGCUAUGUUUGGAAUAUGUGUUGGAUUGGGAAUAUUGUGUUUCUCGAUUUCACUUAUGUACAUUCCUGUGUUGUUGUUCAAAGCCAGGAAAUUCGCACUACUUUUUACAUUGGGAAGUAUUUUUUUUGUAAUGAGUUUCUUAUUUCUGUAUGGGCCUGUUUCAUUCCUCAAGACUAUGUUUGCCAAAGAAAGACUGCUACUAACAUUAUCUUAUGGUGGAACUCUAUUUGCCACAUUAUAUUGUGCUCUGCAUCUACAAAGUACUCCAUUUACUGUAUUAUUUGCUGUUGGCCAAAUAAUUUCAUUACUGUGGACUGUGAUAGCCAGCAUACCAGGAGGUACAGCAGGAAUUUCAUUUUUCUCUAAAAUGUUCUCCAGGUCAGUCAGUAGUACUUUGCCUGUUUAGUAUUUAUUUCAAUUACAUUUGAUAUUUACUGUUUGACCAUUUUUAUUUAUUUUGUUAAAUUAUAAUGAAUAUUGUAUAUAUUAAACAUUUGAUAAUUAGGUA